AUGUUCAAGCGUCUGGUCACCGUCGCCCCCCGCGUCGGCGCUGCGGCACCCCGUGCUCUCGGUCCCCUCUCGGCCCUUCAGUCCGCCCAGCCUAUCCAGCGUCGUGUCCCAGUCCCCGCCACCUCCCAGCGAAGAGGAUACCACGAGAAGGUCCUUGAUCACUACAACAACCCCCGCAACGUUGGCUCUUUCAAGAAAAACGACAGUGAUGUUGGUACCGGUCUCGUUGGUGCCCCCGCUUGCGGCGAUGUCAUGAAGCUCCAGAUCCGCGUCAACAAGGAAACCGGCCGCAUUGAUGAUGUUGUGUUCAAGACCUUCGGCUGUGGAAGUGCUAUUGCUUCCUCAAGCUACCUGACCGAGCUGGUCCGCGGCAUGUCCCUUGAUGAGGCUGGCAAGAUUAAGAACACCGAUGUGGCGAAGGAGCUUUGCCUCCCUCCCGUUAAGCUGCACUGCUCAAUGCUUGCUGAGGAUGCCAUCAAGUCCGCCAUCUCCGAUUACUACACCAAGAACCCAAAGGCCAAGACCACUGAUCUGUCCGGGACUGGUGCCCCCAUCCCCGAUGUGACCGCUACUGCUGGUAGCCCUGCCGCCGCGGUAUAA